AAGACAACAGGUAAACUCCCGCUUGAGCCGACAUGUCGACGCUGCUGAAAAUAAGAGCUAAAAUUGACGACGUGAAAGAGGAGUACUUCCACAGAAACAGGCUCGCUGAGGAGAGCAGACAGAGAGAGAACCAGGCAGCCACUCUGAUUCAGAGCUGGUUCAGAAGCUGCAAGGUGCGGGCUUACCUCAGCCAUCUGCACAAGAAGGCGACCAUUAUGCAGAAGAUAUGGCGGGGCUUCGCAGCAAGGGCACGUCUCAGACAAAUGGUGAAGGCGGCAUAUUUUAUCAUGAAGAUGAAUUUCUACGAGGAGAUGGCGGUCAGGAUCCAGCGCAGAUGGAGAGGAUUCUACGUCAGGAAAUACAUCCACAGCUACUACGCCCGCAAAAGAUAUCUGGAGGGACUUGUCAAGAAAAAUGAACAAGUCAGGCUUGAGUUGGAUGAAGUCGAGGAGCUCCAGAGGAGACAGAGGGAGCGUCUGGCAGUGGACAGAGCGCAGACAGCCAAGCUCUACCAGGCUCAGAAGUUACACUACCUCCUCAGCACGCAGCAGUGCCCAGGGGUCUUCAACUCUCCAUUCAGGCCGGCCCCCCAUGAGAUGGAGCUGCUGCUGAGGCAGGCCAAGCCCAAGCCCUCCAUCAGAUGCUCCCCCAGGGACAGAACUCGUCUCUUGGGCCAGCCCGGAGCCCCAGGCUUCUUCCCCCCUGGGACUCCUCGAUCCCCCUGGAUCAAAUCCACCAAACCCUGCUGCUCCUCUAGGCCCCUCCUGCCCCCCAUACACAGCAAGAAACCACAGGGUCCAUUUAAGGAGCCUCGGGAGGUGUGGGAGCAGCGUUGGAGCCGUCCCAACCCAUCUUUACGUCUCCAGAACUCUUACACAGAUCUGGAUGAGACCCAGAAGCAGCUACGGCAAUAUGAGGCCACAAGACUCUUCAUUGACAAACCGUUCUUGCCAUUUGCCAAAGCUCAGCAGAUAAACACGAAGUAUGAGCGUCUCCUCCAUGCCAGCACUUCCUUCCCUCCACUAGCCUAUGGCAGAAAGAGCUUCAGAGAGGAGGACGCACACCAACACCAGGAGGAGCCGUUCAAGACAGUGUUCACCACCUGUAACGUCUUUGAUAAGUUGGGCCGCCUGUACUCCAAGGCGGGCAACAUUGUGUGACACUCCUCCCGGCCUGAGAAAAGAAAAAUCAAAAGAGGAAGAGAAAGAGGGAAAACUCCCAUACGUAUGCCUCUCACAGGUAUUAUUUCCAUUUGGGAGAUCUGCAGUCAUUUGUAGCAGUAAAAA